AUGAAUCAAUUCUUGAAUUAUAUUGAUGAAACAUUUAUAAAUUUAUCGAUUGAUAAUAACCAACAAGCAAAAAAUAAUUGUUUAAAGGCUAUAAAACUAUUAAAUGGAUUAGUGAAGGAUACAAAAUAUUUAAAAUGCUUAUCUGAAUUUACAUUAAAAUUAUACAAAUUGAAAUUAUCAACAAGUGAGAAAUUGGCAUGGCUAAGUUCAAAGAAUUAUCAUCCAAUAGUUGAUUUUGGUGAGGUUACAUCACAUAAUGAGAUAUUCAUAGGUCUGGUGAAUGAUGAAAUGAUGCCAAUGCCCGAUUUACCAAUUGAUUAUAAACCAAUAAAUAUUGAUUCCUGGGAUACAGAUUUAAAAGAUAUUUAUCAAGAUAUACUACCCAAUUGUUCAUUCGUAUCAUCAUUCCUAGCAUUAAAUGACAAAUUUAGGUUAAUUGAUUUGAUAACUCCACAUCAUCCAUCAUCCUCAUUUUUUGUAAAAUUAAAUUUCAACGGUGGUGAACGAAUAGUGAAAAUUGAUAAUAAACUACCCAUAAUUAAAGACUCAAUGAGAAAUCUUAUUAUCAAAUCAUUAAGUUCCGAUAUUUAUUGGCCUGCGUUGAUUGAAAAAGCAUAUUUAAAAGUUAUGGGAAAUAGUUAUAAAUUUGAAGGUUCAAAUAUGGCUAAUGAUACGUAUAUGUUGAGUGGUUACAUACCAGAAAUAAUACAGAUAAAAAAUGGAUUACUAGAUUUACCAUAUUUGAAGUCAGUAGAUGCUGUGUUAGGUAUUGGAACUCGAAAAUUGAGCUCACAAUUAGCAUCUCAACUUAAUUUAAUUAGCGAACAUGAUUAUGUGAUUGAAAAAUUUAAUGAUGAUGGUAGCAUUGACAUUAAAAAUCCUUGGUCAAUUGACAAUAGAACUAAUACAAUUCAUGAUUUUACUCAUUUCAGGUUCAUUUAUAUAAAUUGGAAGAAAACUCUACCUUUCAAAACUCAUUUUAUUAACACUUCAACUCAAUUUAAGGUCAAGGGAUGGAUAUUACUAGAGAAACAUUUGCCUGUUGAAAAUAAUUGGAUGAGCAUAACUAUUUAUGACUCAAAAUUCAAAGUUUUAACGGAAAAUGAGUAUAAAAAGAUUAAUUAUAUUGACACAAAUAAUAGAUUACAAUUAAUCAAAUUACCGAAGACAUGUACAAUCAAAAUUAACUCAAACCAAAAUGGUAUAUUUACAUUAUCAUCAGGUUAUGAAAUCGAGAAACUGAAAUAUGAGUAUAGACACACGUCAGAAUUGUCAGGAGAGUGGAAUUCUCAAACUAAUGGAGGGAAUUGGUCAAUGUCUACAUAUAUUGAUAAUCCACAAUAUAAAAUGGAGGUAAAAGAACCUACUAAUCUUAAAAUUGCACUACAUAGUAAAGGAUUAGUUAAUUUACAUUUAUUCCACGGUGGUGGAAAAAUUGAAACUUUCACAAAACCUAUAAUUAAUGAGAAUUACAAUCAAGAUUAUCAAUUAGGAACCUUCCAAUUAUCCAAAGGAAGCUAUACAUUAGUCGUUUCAAGGUAUGACAAGUCUAUAGAAUCAUUUAGAUUAAUAUUUAAUUCAAGUUCGGAAAUAAAUAUAUUCAAACACUCAAAUUAUCUUGGUUUAUUUAAUAAAACUGUUGAGUUUGACUGGGACAAUAAAAAUAGAUACAAGUAUGUGUUUACAUUAACAGAUCCUACUUCAAUUAAAUUUAGAAUCAACUAUUUCAAUUUAAAUAAUUCAUUUGAAAUUCAUUCAAAUUAUCGACCUGGCUUACGAGCUUCACUUUUCAAAGAUAAACAACCAAUAUUAAUAAAUAAAGAGUUUAAUGAUUCAUUAUUUGGUAUUUUCUUAACUUGCGAUUUAUCACCUGGUGCUUAUAUAUUAUUAGUUGAACGUUUUGAAAUUGGUUAUGGUAGUUGCAAAAUAUUUAUAGGAUCAAAUAAAAAAAUAAAAUAA